CGCCGGCGCCGCUCUAGGCACGACCUCCUCUCGGUGCCUGGCUGCAGCCGCGGGCGUUUCGGAUGCGGGGCGCUGGGAGCCGCUCCGAGUGUUACCUCGUUUCGAGGCCUGCGCGAUGGAGGCCGGGUGCUGGGUGCUCGGCGGCGAAUUUGAGGACUCGGUGUUCGAGCAGAGGCCGGAGCGGCGGCCCGAGCCGCCCGCGCCCUACGGCGCCAAGCUGUGCGAGCCACAGUGGUUUUAUGGAGAGACAGAAAGUAGUGAGGAUACUGAAGUUCUCACUCUCAAGAAAUUCAGAGGGGACCUGGCCUACCGACGACAGGAAUACGAGAAAGCCCUGUGGGAGUACUCCAGGAUCGCCGAACAGCUGCCGUCUACCAAUGUUGCCAUGAAAAGGGACGUCCAAGAAGGCCAGGCCCGGUGUCUGGCUCACCUGGGGAGACACGAGGAGGCACUGGAGAUUGCAGCAGACUUGGAAAAUAAAGCAACCAACACAGACCAUCUAACCACAGUGCUCUACCUCUACUUGGCUAUUUUUUCAAGUUUUCAGAGCUUGGAGAAGACAAUUCUGUGCUUGCAAAAACUGAUUUCCCUUCAUCCUCUGAACCCUUGGAGCUGGUGGAAAUUGGCAGAGGCAUACCUGAGUCCAGGGCCAGACCUACCGGCAUUGUGUACAUCAUCUCGGGGACAGACGAGUGUCACCUCAAGUAACCAAGUUAUCAGUUCCUCAGAUGUGCACUCUGGAACAAGCCACCUUUUGUAUUUCCCAGCAACCUUGCCUGAGAGUGCAGUGCUUUCUCCGGAGGCAAGUGGUUGUAACAUCCAGAAGGCUGAGAAGGCUCCAAAGAAGAUGCAGAACUGUCUGGCAGAAUGGAGAGAAGCCGCAGGGCCGGAGGCUCGGAUGAAGGCUUGUGCCUCUCUGGUUCGCGCCAGGCUUUUGCUUCAGCUCACCCAGUCUCAGCAGACCUCAUUUGCUUUGGAGAGGAACUUGAGGACUCAGCAGGAAGUUGCAGAGAGAGUGAAGGAGCUCAGCUUCCCUGAAGGUGCUGUGCUGUUGAUGGAAGAGGCUAUGGGGGAAGACAUUGUCCCCGAGAAAGUCCAAGAUGAAGUGCAUUCAGAGGUGAAGUGUGUUGGCCCGGCAGCCCUGACUGCCUUGGUGAUCGCAUCCUCCCAAGAAUUUGAAGACAGGUGGUUCAGAAAGAUCAAAGACCGUUUCCGUUCCUUGGAAAAUCAGUUCCACGUGGAGAUACAGAUCACAACUUAGGAAAGCAUGUCGAGACUCAAAUAUCUUGAGCUGUGUUAUCCUUGUUUACUUUAGGCAAGGUCUGUGUAAUCAUGGAAAACUGAAAUAAAGAGGGUUCCUUAUACUGUUUAUAAAACCUUCUCUCCCAGGUAAUUUCAUCUGUUUUCAGUUUUGUUAUUUAUUUUUGUGUUUUUGAGGCCCUCACGUACUGUCUUGUAGGUCUCUGCCAACUUAGCAGGUAGCUCUGGGGAAAACGAUAAAGGGCUGAGCUAGCUUUUGUGAGGGUUGAUUGUGACUGAUGGUUGCAGACAUUUCUGUCCAUCACAGUCAGGACAAGGCUCAGUCACAGUGGCCAGGAAGCAGAGGGAGACAGAGAAGGGACUAGAACAAUACAGCCCUCAAGGACACGCCCACAGGGACCUAUGUCCCCCAGCUAAGACCCACCACCUAAAGUUUCUACUGCCUCCUUGUGUUGACCUCAACAAUGACUGUGAGGAUAGUUCAUAUUCAAGCCCUAGCAAAAGGCUCUUGAGUGUUUCGAGUCCAUUACUAUAUUGCAGGAAUCUAUAGCUCAGGUGCCUCCAUUAGAAAUGGCCAAGAAUACUGAACCGUGAGAAUAAACAGGGUGUGUCAGGAGCUACAAAGGGUCAGGUUUUAUCCUACUUGCUAGCUUCCUGGAUGCUGCCAGAAACAGGAUUCCUGAGUCAGAGACCAGAUUCCAUCACUCAGGGCCAGCAAGCAGGAUGAACCUGGGUAUAGUUACGUCAGCUCCUUUUGCCUCCAGGUCCUAAGGAGGCUGGCUGUACACGUGGGCACACAAGAAUGCUUCCUGUCACACUGUGAAUGUGCCUUACUGUAAUUCACA